CGCUAAUGUUUGGGUGGAAGUUUUAGCUAGCUAGGCUACGGAAAUGUCUCACCGAACAUCUUUUUUGUUUUUCUCCACUUUGCUGUUUGUCGGUCUCUUCGUGUUUGUCUCUGCAGACCAGAAAAACAUCACAGCUGCAACUGGACAGAACGUCACUCUGACAUGUCGAGCUCCAAACAACAACAUCAGUGCUGUAGAGUGGAGCAGAGAUGACCUGGGAGAUGAAUAUGUGCUUCUGUUUCGGGAUAAGAGGCUCAAUCCAGACGAACAGCAUCCAUCUUUUAAGAACCGGGUGGAUCUGCAGGACAGACAGAUGAAGGAUGGAGACGUGUCUUUGAUUCUGAAGGAUGUGACGAUUAAUGACACUGGAACAUACGAGUGUGGUGUCAUCCAAGAAGAGAGAGGAGGUUUGAAGCUCAUCAACACCACCUAUGUUCAUGUUGAUCCUCCAGACCAGAAAACCAUCACAGCUGAGUCUGGACAGAAGAACGUCACUCUGACAUGUCGAGCUCCAAACAACAACAUCAUAAGUGUAGAGUGGAGCAGAGAUGACCUGGGAGAUGAAUAUGUGCUUUUGUACCGGAAUAAUAAGAUGGAUCCAGAAAACCAGCAUCCAUCUUUUGAGAACCGGGUGAAUCUGCAGGACACAAAGAUGAAGGAUGGAGACGUGUCUUUGAUUCUGAACAAUGUGACGAUUAAUGAUACUGGAACAUACAAGUGUGGUGUCAUCCAAGAAGAGAGAGGAGGUUUGAAGCUCAUCAACACCACCUAUGUUCAUGUUGUUCCUCCAGGUGAGUGA